AUGCCUCCCUCAACCCUAAUAAACUGGGCGCUCCCCCGCCUCUCCGAAAUCCUUCCCCUAGACACCGAAUCCCUCACCCAGAUCCUCGCGUACGCAACCGACCUCUCCAAGGAAGAAGGCGCCGACCACCUGAAGAAUCUCCUCGGUGACUCCCCGGCUGCCCUAGAAUUCAUCUCAGCAUUCAACUCCCGACGAGAUGACCCCACGCCGUCUGCGCGAAACAGCAACAGCAACGUCGCUUCGACACCAUCACGAUCGCCUGCUCAGACGCCGCCGCCGGGGCGGAAGAAUAAGAAGAGCAAACCGCCGCUGCAUAGCGCGGGCCCUGUGCGGAGACCUGAUGACUUUGGAAAUGUCGUGGGGGGUUAUAUGAAGAGUGAGCGUGGGGAGGAUUAUAUCUCAGGGUCGGGGUCGCCUUCGAGAGCAGGAGGGGGUGCGGGGAAUACGCUGGGACUACCCUCACCUCGCGGCUCCGCGGCGUCAUCGGGGUCUCACUCGCCUGUGCCGCCUGUGGGCAAAGCGCCCCCAUCUGCGUCUGGGCCGAUGAUUUCAGACCUGCUUCCGAAUGUCAAGUCAAAGGCGGCGAAGCCUUCGCGGGGUGCUGGGGGAGGAGGGUCAGGGUCAGGGUCCGGAUUGGCUACGCCGUCUUCGUCGAAGGGAGCAUUGACGACCAGUAACAUCUCCGAUCUCACGGCCGCAAUAGCCGCGUUGGAGGUAUCUACGAAUCCGACCUUAGGCGGCGAACGGCGGAAAUGCACAUGCUACGCAACACUGCAUCCCGUUUUCGAUGCCGCGCCCAACUGUCUGAAUUGCGGAAAGAUUAUCUGUUCGCUGGAGGGAUUACAGCCAUGUUCAUUCUGCGGGACACCGUUGCUUUCCAACGAAGAGAUUCAAAGUAUGAUCCGUGAGCUACGGGCAGAGCGAGGACAGGAGAAGAUGCGCGCGCACAACGAAAGUUUGCAUCGCGAGGGUGGACCGGGAAUGGGGCCGGCUCAGCCUCAGCAGUUCGGGAAGUUGGACGCGGCAAGGGCACACCGGGACAAAUUAUUGGCGUUCCAGGCGCAGAACGCGAAGCGGACGCGUGUUGUAGAUGAAGCGGCUGAUUUUGAGACUCCGAAUGUUGCGUCUACGCUGUGGAUGACACCGUCGCAGCGAGCGCUGGCGCUGAAGAAGCAGCAGCGGAUCAUGCGUGAGAUGGAGGAAAAGGCACGGCCCGAGUGGGAGAAGAAGAAGACGAUUAUGAGUUUAGAUAUCACGGGCGGGCGUGUGAAGAGGGUCUAUCAGGCUGCGCCCGUUGAAACUGCGGCUGCUGCUGCUCAGGAAGACGAAGAGACGGAGGAUCUCACCUAUGAUGCCUCUGCUCCUAGGAGCGGUGGUGAAGCUUUCAGUCGGAAUCCCCUCCUUGCGGCCGGUGGGCUUAUGCGGCCUGUUUGGAAGGCUCCGGACCCAAAAAAUGCUGAGAGUAAGGAGCGGAAGCAGACGUGGCGACGGGUGCAGGAUGACAAUGACGAUGACAAUGAGCAAUGGAUCUUGAACGGAGGAUUGCACGGGUACGGUCAGUGA